AGUUGUGAUAGAAAAGUUGAAAAGCUGUCUGCUAUAUGUUUUAUCUUUAUAUUCAAUUUAAAAAAUAUCUUGUGGUUUGUGUGUGUUUGUGUUUGCAUGCGUCCGUGAGUCAAAUGAAGACAUCUGAUACAAGUAGAGGAAAAACGCUGUCACUUCAUGAUUGGUCAGAAUUAAAACAUGUGACGUGUUUUUUCAGAUGAUAUAGCAGAGCUGACUCCUGAGAGCAGACGUAUUGGAAGCUGUCAGGGAGGAACCCUGGUAACCAUCUCUGAACUGGACCCUGGACUCUCUGAGGAACCUGAGGACAUGUCUAUGGACCGGGAGGAGACCGGGAAGAGAAGAUUUGCUGGUAGAGCAAAGAAGAAGGCUAAGUCCAGACGCCGUGGAAGCCGUCAGAGAGUAACAAAGGUCACGAUCUCUGAACCGGAGCCUGGACUCUCUGAGGAACCUGAGGACACGUCUUUGGACCGGGAGGAGACCAGGAAGAGAAGAUUUGCUCUAUGGUUUCACAUCACUGUCAUUGUGAGCAUCGGACUGCUGAGUAUUCUCCUCAUCUCCCUGCGCUUCAACUCACCGUCACCCUGGAAAGAGGGGAGAGAGCACUUACUGGAUGAACUCGAUGAAUUGACACUUCAGGGCUGGAUGCUUCACGACAAGAGUCUCUACCGUGUUUCUACUACUAAGAAGGGCUGGAGGGCCAGUAGAGAAGACUGUCAGAAGAGAAAGGCAGACCUGGUGGUCAUCAACAGCAGAGAAGAACUGGCGUUUGUCAGCAGAUUGAUGGAUACUUCCUGGAUUGGACUGAGUGAUCGAGAGAAAGAGGGGACCCACAAGUGGGUGGAUGGUACCCCCAUGACCUCAAGUUGGAGACACGUUAAACCACGCGAUGACGGCGGAGCAAGAGACUGCGUCGUAGCAGGGGAGGACGGCUGGUCUGAAGAACCGUGUAACAGACUGCACCACUGGAUCUGUGAGAAGGUCCUAGACCUGGAUCAUCUGGAGGCUGAGCGGAACAAAGAGGGUUCAGUGAUGCUCACGGAGGAGGAGGAGGAGGCCCCCAGCAUCACAGAGUUCCACUCCUCUACCCACGUGUUGCCCGUGGGCCAAACGGCCCGCUACACCUGCCACGCCGGCGGCACGCCGGAGCCCACAGUAGAGUGGCUCCACAACGGCAGGCCCCUGGAGAGGGACGGCAGAGACGACCAAUCAGAGGCCUGGGUGGAGAGGGGCUUCCUCUUCGUCAGAGGUGGGAGGUACGGCGUGAACACGGUCUGCUGCAUGGCGAGCAACAGCGCUGGCACGGCCAAUCACAGCGCUGAGCUGCUUGUCUUUGGUAAGUCCUGGAUCCAAGGAGAGAUGUUUGUUGUUGAUGUAGCAAUAGUGUAACUAUCAUCACAUGACCCCCCCCCCCCCACACAUGUCAUGUUCAGGAGAACAGUACUAGUGAUGAAUGAGUGUAUUCAUAACACUGUUGUUGAUGUUUUCAUAACAUUGUUGUUGAUGUUUUCAUAAUAUUGUUGUUGAUGUGUUCAUAACGUUAUUGCUGAGGUGUGUGUAUCUAUGUAUGUGUACAUAUCAGGGUUUUUUCUAGAAAAAAUUCACAAGGGGGAAAACAUCAAUGGCGAGGGAGCAAAGCGACCGAGCGGGGGGGAAGGUGUCCACAGGACAGGGCGUUAUCAGCAGGGUUAUCAGCAGGGCGGUGCGGAGCUUUUGAAAAUUUGAGGUAGAAAUGGAUCAUUCUGAGGCUUGUGAAGGACCAGUAUGUUGACUCGUAUAGUAAGGCCAAAUUACUCAAAAUGGCUAAGUUACCAUAGAUGCAGAACAUUACAUACAGUAAUGUAUAUAGAAAAAAAAACACGUACUUCGGGAACCUGCUGGAAGAACACUUUAUCUUUAUUAUUUAAAUUUCUUCUCAGACACUCAGAUUCACUGAACUGAUAAAUUUGGUUCGGGAGAAGAGAUAAAAGCCCGCCUACACUGUAAACUGAUUGGUUGACUUACCGAUCCAGGCCAAUCAGGAGGCGCCUGAGGCUCACGUGCACACUGCCUCAUGCACAGUUUCUAGAUCCCUCUCUGUUGUGCUGCGCGCUCGCUACACAGAUGCGAACGGGGUUAGGAGCACGUCUGUCUCCUGUGCGCGGUCUUGCUCGCUCGCUCUCCAUUCCGGGAGAUUUUAAGUAAUUUAAAAUUUUCGACAAGGAGGCGCUGGGUUGAAACAUUAAAACAUUUCCCGGUUUAGAUUAACCCCUGACAUAUGUACAUGUAUGUAUGUGUUCAUAUCUAUGUAUAUGUACACAGAGUGUAGGAGAACAGUGCUAGUGAUGAUGAUGAUGAUGAGGAUGAAGAGCGGUUCAGCAGCUCAUCAUGUCUGGUUCUCCCUCAGAUGCCUGUGACCUCACACUGGACCCCAA